UCUAAUUCAUUCUACCAUUAUUUUUAAUUUGCAGAAUCCUCAAUAAAUCAGGCCUCCAAAAUGUUUUUGUAGAUAAUAAUGUAAAACUUUUAAGCCUUUUUAUUGCUCUAAAAUUUAUGGUUCAUCUAUAAAGCAAACAACUAAAUAAUUUAAACAAUAAAUUUGGGUUCAGCCCUUUCUCAUUUUAACUACUGCUCUUCUAAAAUGCACAUAAGAUCAUUUCCCAAAUUAUUCCAAAAUAUUUCUCACAACUGGUUCUGUACAGAAUUUGAUUGCUCUAGAAUUGAAAUGAUCAUGUAUGAUGGUAUUCAUCUUUUAAAAUUAAUAUUGUUGUGCAGGAAAAUUUUUUAUUUGUUUCUUAUGUUACAAACUUGAGAAGUGUUGCUGCCUGAUUCUAAUAGAUAAUACCCACCUGACAAAUGAUAUUGAAUUCAAUAAGGGCUUGGCAGAAUGAAUGUACAAGCUCUCUGCAACGUGUGUCUGAACACAUUCAAUAGUACCAAUCACAAGCCUCUAGUCUUGCAGUGUGGUCAUACUUAUUGCCUAGCCUGCCUUAAGGACAUCGAGGCUGCGGGCAAAAAACUUUGCCCAUCAUGCAGAGAAGAAUGGCGGGGCGAAUCAAAUGAGCUACCAAUUUCCUACAUGCUAAUACCUGGUGCAAAAACGGCACCUAAAUCUUCUGGUGAUGAUACUGACUAUAAAUCCGACUAUAACAUGUGCUUGUUGCACUCAUGCACCAUAGAACACUGGUGCUGCAAGUGUCAAGUUGCCACCUGCAAGAAGUGCAUUUCUGAGAUGCAUUAUGCUCAUGGACAGGUUGCCUUUGAAAAUGUUGUUGGUCAAGAAAUUGACAUGAAACAAAUAAAGAAAUCCUUUAAUGGAAACCUGGGGAAGAAGUUUAAAGAAGGCCUGAAAAAUUCAGUCAGCGUAUGCAAUGAAGGACUUGAAUUGAUUGAGUCAAUGAAAGAGAUUGAGACUAAGCUAUUGUCAUGGAAAAAACACCUCCUGGCUCAAGAAAAGAAUUUGUCAGCUUGUAUGGAGCAUGUAGAAAACACGAGUGAGGCAGGAUUGAAAGCAAAAUUUGAUGCCUUCUUGAAAAUAAUGUCAAGCUGUGAUGUGGGAAAAGCAAGUCUUUCAUCAGAAUGGCAAUUGAUAUUGAUGAAAUUUGAGGACCUUGGUGGAGAACUUCAGUCAUUAUAUAAAGAUCUGGAAGCUGAGAAGCGACGCCUGCUGCCGGAAGAACUCCAGACAUUGACAGAAAAUGUUGUCAUUAAAGGAGAAAGAAUGAGCAAGAAAAUUGUGCGAGCACAGCCAACUAUUCCAGCAGGUGCAAAGGCCACAGUUACAGUGGUAUCCUCUGUGGAAGACCCCAUCAUUAGCCUGCAAGAUCUUCUCUUAUACUUGAUGAAUGGUCGCACUGCUAUACACCUCCGGCUCUUGGAUUCUUUUUUCAAUGGCAACAGCAGCAGUGCAAAUGAUUCCCUCAGACUGAAACAUUUUUUGUGCAAAAACUUUGGGGCGCACCUAGCAUCGUUCUACGGUCACCUUACACACGCCGCGUGGGCCAAGUUCGGUGUUGUUGGACUGCUGAAGCUUGGGCUGCAUCUCCAGUCUGGAGCUGACGUGGCUGAUGUCAACAAGAUCUUGAAUGACAACUGCGGUGCUGGGAACAUUAAGCCCGGCGAACAUUCAUCGGUCGAUGGAACUUCGGUUCCGGUGUGCAGAAAGCUGUUCAUAGCAGAUAUUGCCAUCAACAAAAGCAUCAAGGCGAAGGAUAUCUGGGGGUGCCUGAAGCCGAAGACUAACAUGCUGUACCGACUUCACUUGGUGAAACUGGAAGAUGGAGACUGGAAGAGAUGCAGCGGCGUGGUUACACGUUUGCUCCCAGGAACUGCUAAAGGCAAGCGGAAUCACGAACUUUGGAUCCACGAUUGCAGCGGCUUAUCAGCAGACGUCACGGUGCAAGUUGCGAAGUAUUUGUGCCAGUACACGAGCAUUGGCACACUGAGAAUGAAUAAUCAUAAUUAUCAUUCAAUCGAGGAAGCCGAAGAAGUACAGCUGGAUGCAUAUUUCUCUGGUUGCGCCUUACAUUUCAGCAUUCCAUCUUUGUAAAGUUUUCUGUCAACCGCUGGGAAAUCUGAAUCUUAAGUAGGAACGUUACAGUAUUUAACAGAACAUGAAUUUGCAUUUCUGCUGCGAACCAUAGUGACAUACUUAAUUAAUUUUGCUGCUGUACACCACACCGCGUGAACGGAGAAUGCCAGCCAUGAUUAACUCGCUCAAAUUUUCAAUACAAUGUGAAGCAAUCCGAACGUGUGGAAAGGUCAUCAGAAAGAAGGCGAACAUAAAUUUGACUUUGUUUCAUAUUAAUGUUUUGGUAUGACAUGUGCGGUGAAGAAACAUCCCUGGUCUGGAUUUUCAGAGGAAGGCGUAUGUCAUUCCUUCAAUGUAUUAACGGACUUCAUUUCUAAUAGAUUUAUGAAAUAGAUACUAGAUGGACUACAUAAUUUGAGCGCGAAUGGUAAUUAUAAUUAUUAAAAACUUCAUUCAUUUAUUCAUUGUUGCCGUGUUGAAGACACGAACUCUAUUCGCACAAAGAGGAUCUGGGAAUGCCUCUUCAAGCGUAAUGGGAUGAAGUGAGAGCAGAAUUAUUUGGUUCCUAUCAAUAUGGCAUUUGAAAAUAAGUUUUCUAACGAUACCUUUACAUAAAGAUCGGUUUUCCAUCUACUACUUCUAGUUAUAAUUGAAAUUUUUUUGUUAAAUUUAUAAAUUCAAUUGAAGCUUAAUAUAUCAUAUUAAGUGAGAACUUCUCGCGGGAAAACUAUAUUUCAUACAUGCCUACUAGCAGGAUUUUACUCUAUGAAAGUGAAACUUGCAGCUGAAAUUUCGUUUUUUAGAAAUCUUUAAGUGUUAAUAAAUUGUUUAAUGUGUGGUAUCAACAUAACGGGAUCGCGAAUCAGCCUGAAUUAUUUUUUUUAACUGAGAAUUUCGGGGGAUACGUUCACAUGUUUCAAAUGAUCAAAACACGCUUUUUCUAUUGUCAAGCAUUCUGCUGCAUAUUGGAAUUUAUGUUUGAUCAACUUGAUGCUUUUAGUUUGUUUCUAAGGCAUUUGUUCCUAGAAUCAUCGUAUUCAAUCGCUCCCAGUUCAUGUUUCGUGAUAAAUGUAUAUUUUGGUUUCAAUCAUUUAUUAAUAUUCUCAAUACGCGAUGUGAUCCAUUGCUUAUUUUCAAAUAUUUUUGCUUAUUGUUCCUUUUUUUAUAUAAUUCUCGGUUAUAAGUACGCUUUCCGACUGUAAUCAUGUUUUCAUUUUUAUUCAAUCAAGUUUCCCUUUGAAACUCUUCAAAAUGGAUAGUUUGAAUUCCAUCAUAUACGUCAGCUUGUCGCAAGUACAGCUGAAUAAGUCAUUCAAUAAUUUCUAAAUUUUUGCGGUGAUAGCGGAUCAAAAUGGAUUUAAUUAAUAAAUUCGAUAAAUUUAUAAUAUAUUAGUAGACUGAAUUCCUAUCUAAAGAUAUUCCUGGCGGUGUCUUGGCACUUAGCUGGUAUUCCAGUUUCUCGUGUUGAGGUAAAGAACGUCAAAAUAAAGUUAAACCUUAAGUUGAGCGCAGAUCUCUUGUGUACGCAGGAUUCCUGCAACGACACGAGGGACGGCGCCUGAAGAGCCUGUACGUUAACCGCCCUAGCCUGACUAAAGCCUUACAUGCUCUACCUCAGAUGACCCAUCUGUGUACGAGUCUAUACAGCUGGGACUUGCUGAACCUGCGAGAAACAUUCCAAAUUCUGGGGUGUGGUUGUCGCAUUUCCAGCUCACCAAUUUAAUAAUUUAU